ACCAUUGGAGAUUCACCAUGUCAGAGCAUAACCUUUGAUGACUCGCUCUGAAAUCAAGAAAACCUCAUUCGACAACAAAACAAAAAGCAACUCUUCUCACUGACACAAACACAAACAAAAAUGAAUACUCAGCAGCGUUUGGCUGCUCUUCUUUCUUCCCUUAUCUCUCAACUUCUUCUUCUCCUUGUCCUUAUUUUCCCUUCUUCAAAUCCUCUUUCAAUUACCAAUUCGUCUUUCUAUGAUUUUCUUUCACCCCUUCUUCUUCAUUUCCUUUCCACUUCUGAAACAACCGCUACUCUUUCACUCAUCCCUUUUUCAAGAAAACGAAAACGUACCCAUUUCUCAGAACCCGAUGCCCCGGCUAACGAUGGUCUGACCCGGUUCAAACUCGGUCAAAUCGCCCGACCCGACUCAGCCAACCCGGAUACUUUCAAGAAAUUCUUUAACAUCAAUUCUUCAACCUUUGAUUGGCUUUGUGGGCUUUUAGAACCUUUACUUGAGUGUCGUGACCCUGUUGACUCGCCACUCAAUCUAUCUGCUGAAACUCGGCUUGGAAUCGGGCUUUUUCGAUUGGCAACCGGAGCUAAUUAUUCCGAUAUUUCGCUUAGAUUUGAUGUAUCUGAACCUGUUGCUAAGUUUUGUGUUAAACAGCUAUGUAGGGUGCUUUGCACUAAUUUUCGUUUUUGGGUCGGGUUUCCUAAUUCGGGUGAACUUGAAUCCGUUUCGACUCAGUUCGAAUCCAUUUCGGGUAUUCCUAAUUGUUCUGGAGUUUUAUGUUGUGUGAGAUUUAAGGUUAAUGAAGAGAUUAUAGCAGCUCAAUUAGUGGUUGACUCAUCAUCAAGAAUUAUUAGUAUUAUUGCCGGUUUUCGUGGCGAUAAGACUGAUUUUCAGGUCCUGAAAUCAUCAACUCUGUUUCAAGAUAUUGAAAAAGGGACAAUUUUGAUGAAUUCACAAGCUUUGCAGAUAAAUGAUGUGGCUGUGCCUCAGUUUUUUGUUGGUAAUGGAGACUACCCUUUGUUAAAUUGGUUAAUGUUACCAUUUGAUGAACCUGUUUCUCAUUCGAAUGAAGAAAAAUUCAACAAUGCCAUUAACUUAAUGCGAUUGCCAGCAGUUAAAGCCAUUGAGAGUUUGAGGAAUUGGGGCAUUUUGAGCGAACCGAUUGAAGGAGAAAUCAAGACUGCAGUGGCUUCUAUUGGUGCUUGUUCGAUACUUCAUAAUAUGUUGUUAUCAAGGGAGGAUUAUUCAGCCUUUUGUGAGGAUUUGAGUGACUAUUCAUUUCAGAAAUAUCAGAGUUCUUUGAGUAUUCCUGGUGAUAGUGUUGCAUGUGCUAUAAGAAGUGCAUUAGUCACAAAAGCAACAGAGUUUCAAUUACAAAAGCAGUAGUUUUGAAUUUAAGACAUAGAACAUAAAAUUCAUUCAUCUAGAUUGUGAAUCUUUUGCUCAAAGUUUUAAACUUUCUGGGCUGUUUUGCAUAUUAGCAAGUUCUGAAAUA